UAAUAGAACUUAUUUGGAAAUCCUGGAGUUGAGGAAUUUCUAUGCGGAGCAAAAGCUCGGCCGAAUUCAGUUGGAGCUGAGUUUCCUUGGUUUUCAUCUUCAUGCCACUCUAAUCAAAUCUUGGAAUCAAUCGAACAAUCCUUGUUCAUCGGCUAAGAUCAGAUAAAUUAUGUAUCGUUUGGUGUCCAAAGUUACGAGGAGGGCUUUUUCUUCGGCAGGAUAUCUCUGUCGUGAUGCUACAUGUUCUUCUAUGAUCACGAAACAAUGUUUUAGCACCAUAUCUGUUCUGCAAAGACAGUUUGAGAAUUCACAUAAGAUAUCAGUUCCGAGCAAUUUCUUGAAAUUGGGGUUGUGCAGGACGAUGAGUUUUGCAACAGGGUUCACACCCUUGCAGCCAAAGCCUUUGGAGUCAAUUAUUGAUGUUGCCAGGGCUAAGACCAAGUCUCCCGAAGAACUUGCUGACAUUUGGGAUGAUUUUCACUUGGGAAGGGGUCAUAUUGGCCUAUCGAUGAAAGCCAAAUUGUACUACCUGUUGGAUCAGAGAACUGCAGAUUGCCGUUAUUUUGUGAUUCCAUUGUGGAAAGGAAGUGGGUACACGACAAUGUUUGUGCAAGUUCAGAUGCCGCACAUGCUUUUCACGGGUCUUGAAGAUUAUAAAGCAAGAGGAACGCAAGCUUCUCCAUACAUGACUGCUACUUUCUACAAAGAAUUUGCAGAUAGCAAAGAUAUGGUGCUUAUUCGUGGUGAUAUCGUGCUCACUAGCAAGCUGAGUGAUGCAGAGGCAAAGUGGCUUCUAGAAACUGCACAAUCUUUUUACCUGAAUGAUGUUAGGUAUAAGCUAGUCGAGCGUUUCAACAAACAAACACGUGACUUUGAGUUCAAAGACGUCUUGCAAGCCUUGGAGAUGCCCAUGUUGUAAUCCAAGACAGAUGUUUUUUUUUUUUUUUUUGGAGCUAGGUGAAGUGAAGAUGAAUAAAAAGACUGAAGAGAAACCCUUUUCUUUAUUUCCAAUCUUGUUUUUACAUAACUAUUAUUGGGUUUAUUUCGAGGUGUUGGAAACUCGAAUAACGUUAGUACUCUUGGAUUCUACGCGAACAUGAAUAUGUUCUUAAAUGUCCCAUUCGACGCAGCUAAAA